AUGAACAAGGCAGUCUACAUCGCGCCCGAGGACCAGGACGAAGUCGACCUCGGCUGGAUGCGCGAGGCCCUCGUUAUGGCCGAGGAAGCACUCGACAACGAGGAGGUGCCCGUCGGCUGCGUGUUCGUGCGCGACGGCAAGGCGAUCGCGCGUGCCCGUAACCGCACCAACGAGUGGCGCAACGCGACGCUGCACGCCGAGCUCGAGGCGAUCGACCACCUGCUGCCCUUCAACCCUCCCCCCCUCUCCCAGAUCACGCUGUACGUGACGGUCGAGCCGUGCGUCAUGUGCGCCUCGGCGCUGCGGCAGGUCGGCAUCGGGCGCGUGGUGUAUGGCUGCGGCAACGACCGCUUCGGCGGGUGCGGGUCCGUGCUCGACGUCUCGACCUCGAGCAUGCUCGACACGAACGUGUCCUUUGAGGCCGUGGGCGGAUAUUACCGCGAGGAGGCCAUCAUGCUCCUCCGCCGCUUCUACAUGAGCGAGAACCAGAAUGCGCCCAACCCCAAGAAGAAGACGACGCGUGUUCUGAAAACCGAGAUCCCACCGCCCCCCAAUGUCACCGUCAGCGCGAGCACGUCUGCGAAUGCGUCGGCCACCGCGUCCGCCAACCAGAGCAAGAACCCCUCCCGCUCCAACUCGAAUGCGAACCUCCCCUUGCCCAUUGGCGGCACGCUGGCGAGCACGCCAAAGGGCACGCUCACGCCUACUGCUGACAAGGCGUGA